AUGAUCCAGAACAGUGCAUUAAAGAAAAUAAUGAACUUCGAUAAAGAAUUUAUAAUGGAAUUGUUCUUAGACGACAAUGUUUCGAAUAUAAAUAGAUGCGUCGUGGCUGCAGCGAAUGUUAUGAGUGAAAACAAUGAGAAUAUUUCAUGUAUUAAUGAAGUAAUAAUGAAAGAAAACGUGAAUCAAUUCUUAACUAUUGAGAGCAAGGAAUUAGUCAAAAACACUCAGAAUUUACAUUCAAGAAAUAACUUCUAUGAAAAUGUAGUUGCGAAGUACACAGAAGAAUUAUAUGUGUCAAAAUUCAAGAUGAAGAAGACAACUGUUAAAGCACUAAUUGAUCACCUCCAAGAGUACAUGAAGCCAUGUUCAUCAGUUAUUCCAUUAGACAAAAAAGUGCAUAUAUUCCUUUGGCUUCUCACCAGUGACUCAUCGUUUAGUGCUGUUGCUGAGUUAUUUGGCUUACAUAAGUCAUCUGUAAGUUAUAUUUUCCAUGAAUUUGCUACAUUGUUGUCAGAGCAAAAGUAUCAUUUUAUAAAUUGGCCAUCCUUGGAAGAGCAACAUGUAACAAGGAUCAAAGUGAAUAGCAGAUAUGGAUUUCCAAACUGUGUUGGAUUCAUCAAUGCUUGUCGUCUGAAGAUCAAACCUAAAAAUACACGGAAAGAGAAGUCAGAUAUCAUGCUAUUACAAGCUGUAUGUGAUGAAACCCUAAUGUUCUUUGACAUCCAUAUUGGUGAAGUUGGUAACACUCACAAAAAUCGAGUCUAUCGUGAGAGUCAGUUAGCACACGAAAUCAAAAAUUUUAUAGACUUUGAUAAUCACAUAUUAGGAAACUCUGAAUAUAAAUUGAGAAAGAACUUGAUUACUCCGUUUACAAGUGACAACUCAUUAACAAGUGAGGAAUUGAAGUUUAAUGAAAUUCAUAGGAAAGCAUGCACUUACAUUGACCAUGCUUUUGAGAUCUUAAAAGACAGAUUCAAAAAACUUGACUCCAUUGACAUAAAUAAACCAGAAGCCAUAAAUUCAUUGAUUUGUGCCGCUUGUGUGUUACAUAAUUUUGUACUAUUGCAUGAGGGCAGUAGUUACUUAAAGAAGGAGGCUGUAAUUAAUGAUGAUGGAGUCACUAUUAAUCCGAGCAUAGUAAAAUCGGCGGAGGACAAACGUCAGUUUCUUUGCCAUUACAUAAAUUAUAUGGAUAGUUCCUAA